CUAGCGAAUAGGCUCUUCAGGCUGCCGAGAACUCGACGGAAAGCGACAGGGCCGAGAUAUUUCGAGCCUCCUCGGCUCCCGUAGUUUUCGAACUUCUACCGCGGAUUUUGCUUCCUGUCUGCGAUGUUCACGUCCCCUCUCAGCUAGCAUGAAUUUCUUCCUCUUCUUGAUCACUGUGGGGGUUAUUGCCGCUCUCAUACUACUGCGGUUGUGGUUCUUGCUCAGCUUCCAAAAAGGGGGGCUACAGCCAGUGUCCGUCAGGGUGUUGGUGGUGGCUGGAUCCGGUGGGCACACCACAGAAAUUCUAAGGCUGCUUGGUAGCUUGUCUAAAGACUAUAAUCCAAGGCAUUAUGUCCUUGCUGAUACCGAUAAGAUGAGUGCUGUUAAAAUACGUUUAUUUGAAGAGAAGAGAGCUGAGAGAGACUCUGAAUCCUUGUACACUACUCAUCGCAUUCCAAGGAGUCGGGAGGUUCAGCAGUCUUGGAGCUCUUCCGUGUUUACAACCUUGUAUGCUGUGUGUUACUCCCUUCCUCUGACUUUUCGACUCAAGCCAGACUUGGUGUUGUGUAAUGGACCAGGAACAUGUGUUCCUAUCUGUGCAUCUGCCCUUCUUCUUGGGAUACUAGGAAUAAAGAAAGUGACCAUUGUCUACGUGGAGAGUAUCUGCAGAGUGGAAACCUUAUCCCUUUCCGGAAAGAUUCUUUACCACUUUUCAGAUUACUUCUUUGUUCAGUGGCCAGCCCUUAAGGGGAAAUAUCCCAAAUCGGUGUACCUUGGGCGAAUAGUUUGACAAAGAACAAAUGGGGUUUUCAGAUUUCUACAGUCAACUCUGGUAUUUUUUAAUAGGUAAGAAAAGAAUUAUCAACACAAACUUUCUAAAACUUCAAGAAAAUUACUGGCCUUCGUAAGGCAAGUGUAUGAUUACUAAACUGAGCAGACUGUUUUGCAAAGUGGAUUUCAGUUAAGCAAGGAGAUAAAUUUGAAAACAGCAUCAUGAAAUAUUUAUGGAAUUGUUCACAGUCUUCUUUUUGGAUUUGAGUGUCUAUUAUUAACUCUAGAUCAUCUCCUGAUUUCCUCAUUAUUUUAGGAAUAUUAUUUGUCUACAACUAAAUAUAGACUUUGCAUGAUCUGUAACAUUUCCUGUACUGCAACUUUCUGUAGUUGUCUACGUUGUGAAAAACGGGUUCUUCUUGUAUCAGAACAGACCUUAUUUCCUGUAUGUAAGCAGUGAAAUCCCCAGGGAAUCUUGGAGCAUAAAGGAAACAGUUAUAUUAAGUUGGCCUCAUGACAGUUUGUAGUCUACAAUCUUCCAGAACCCUAAAGCUUACACCAAUAUCUUUUUUUUCCUGGCUCACGUCAUGAAAACUUGACAUCUUUGGAUUGUUUAUUUGUGAAUGUAAAUGCACACGUGCCAAAAUUGAUAUCUCUAAUCAAAGAAAACUUGAUUUUGUAUUCCAAAGAUCCAGUUCUCAAACAUGCAUUUGAGCAAUGCCAAUUUACCCAACAAAGCUUGUGCUGUCACUGUGGCACUCUGAGAAAUUGAGAUUGAGCCACACACAUGAAAGAACUCAAACAAGCAUUAACAAGACCAAAAAUCAGAAAUUACUUCUCACAGGAUUGGAGUCUCUACCUUCUUCCCACUUCCUACUGUACCUAACUGUUCUGUUUCACAAUAGCUCUAUAUACACAGCUAGGAGAGAAGUGAACAGAUUUUUCAUUGAAAGUGUCAUCCUGGGGCAGCUAGGUGGCACAGUGGAUAGAGCACCAGCCCUGGAGUCAGGAAGACCUGAGUUCAAAUAUGGCCUCAGACACUUAACACCAGCUGUGUGACCCUGGGCAACUCACUUAACCCCAAUUGCCUCACCAAAACAAAAAGAAAGAAAGUGUCAUCCUUACCUAUGACCAUUAAAAAAGGAAUCUGAGAGAGAGAAGCAUAUCCUAGGCCGCUUUUACCCUUCUCACUCUUUUGGCAAAAUAUGGUCCUAGGCACAAAGCAACAUAAACCCCUCUGUCAUUGGGACAUGCAUGAGAUGCUCAAAUUUAAAGAAUCCACCCCAAAUGUUCCCAUGGAUUAUUUGUACCUGACCUGUGGUAGAGCAUUCUAGCCUGGCCCGGUCAGCAACAGUCAGACACACUGUAACUUGACUCUAACAUAGUGAUGUCAUUUUGGUCCCCUUAAAGAACGAAGGACAAGAACUAACCAACACGGAUACGUUUUUUGGCUGGAGAAGGAGAUUUUGUUAAAGAGGUCUCAGAGCAGGGGCAGCUAGGUGGCGCAGUGGGUAAAGCACCAGCACUGGAUUCAGGAGUACCUAAGUUAAAAUCUGGCCUCAGACACUUGACACUUACUAGCUGUGUGACCCUGGGCAAGUCACUUAACCCCCAUUGCCCUUCAAAAAAAAAAAAAAAGAGGUCUCAGAGCAGUGAGAAGACUUUUUACAACUUACAUGCAGUAGUCAUGAAGUAGCAGACCAUGCAACAACUUUGAAAACUUAUGAAGUUUCAAGCAGUCACUUUGUUUCUACAGGGCCUGGAAUAGACAGGUGAUUACUGUAAUUAUAGGGGAGACUAAGACCACAAUAGCCUCUACUUUUUUAGACAGAAAGUCAUUCCUCGAAGGACAGAAGGAAUUUCUGUGCUCCAGUGAUGAUUAGCUGAGGACCCCACGGGUUCCCCUGCUUCAUAAUGUUCUGUUAGACCAAUGAUUACAAUGGUUAGUUAAUGAAGAAACAGAUGCAGAAAAUAUUCCUUUUUUUUUUUCUUUUGAAACAUUCCAGAUGUUUUACAAGCCUUAACUUGGACAGUAGCUGGCUCGUAAUGGAUUCUCAGAAAAGGAUUUAAGGUGAAAAUCUUACCCAGGUUAUGUAGGCCUCUGUACAUACAUUUUCUUUGGAAAAUCUGGACUAAGGCUGGUGCUGUCAAGGCUGCCUGCCCCUGCGGACUGUUUGGUAAACAAGAGCAGUGCAGCACUCUUUGUUAUUGUUGUGGCUAAUUCUUUCUCAGGAUCAGAAUAGAAGAGGUAAUCCUUUCAGAUUACCGUGGGGACAAGAUUGUUCCUACUGUGUAUUUGAAAAAUACAUUUGCAUAGAGUACAGCAAAAAGAAGGGCAUCUUUUACUUUUCCUCUCCACCUGAGCGUAAGGAAAUCAAUAGCAUGUUUGUACUUUUAAAUUUCUGUUAAGGGGCUCUGGAAUGCAAUUUCUUCUCCACUGUAUGAGACUGUUCAUAAAAAAUUAACUGCAUCAGUCUGCAAAUCCUGCCCUUCAAAACCACAUAUCCUGCCCACACCUAUUUCCUUGGAAGAUUGUUAUCUUUGGUUCAGAUGACCUAGAAGGUCUUUGCCUCCCUCCCCGCUAGAGGGUCCAACUGUUUCAAGUGAGACAUCCAAGAGUGAGGACAGGAAUGCUUGGCAUAGUCGUGGAGGCGAUAAUGAAGCAGUCGGCAGUAAGAUCUUGUGCAAUUGAAUCUCAGUAACAAAAGGUACCAGUGAAGGAGAUGAUACAAGUAUCCUUUUUAAAAAUAAAAAUGCGGGGGGCAGCUAGGUGGCACUGUGGAUAAAGCACCAGCCCUGGAUUCAGGAGGACCUGAGUUCAAAUCCCACCUCAGACACUUGACACUUACUAGCUGUGUGACCUUGGGCAAGUCACUUAACCCUCAUUACCCGGCCAAAAAUAAAUAAAUUUUUUUAAAUGCAUUGCUUUUAAGAUGACUAAGGAUACUAUUCACAAUUGAGACAUUAGGUUUCUUUAUAAUUGUUUUAUUUUCACCUACUACAAAUGUGGAAAUGACAUGCAGAUCUCCUUAGUUGCUUCUUGCCUUCCCUGCCCCAUCCAUCCCUGACUAAGUGGUUUCUCCCAAAUAGGCCAAGUCAGAUUAAAGCUGGAGGGAGUAGUGAUGUUUCCUCUAUCUUUCCACUACAGCGGCCUCCCAAACCUAGCUUCCACUCUCUCUCCAGUCUCCUAAUCACAAAACUUUGGAAUCCUUCUUUGUUCUUCAUUGCCCUCCAUUCUGUACCCUUGUACCCUUGCCUAUCAUCAGAUACUUCUUUUUCAAAGCAUCACCUGAAUCUGGUCCUGCUAUUAUCCUUUAUUGCCUGCUGUCUCCUUUGAUACACACCCCCCCUUUCACAAUGUGUAUUUCUGCUCCUUCUUGUCCAUUCCAACCACCACCACCCUAGUCCAAGUCCCUUUCUUAGACCUGAAUCACUGGAACAUAUUCCUUCCUCAUUUACCUACCUGAUUCAGAUCAGCCUUCCUUCUCCCCAACCUAAAUUCUAUGCUACUGCCAUACCAGCCUUCUUGCUAUGCCUUCUGUUCAAACACGAAUAAUACCUUCCUGGUGCCUAUGGCACCAGGUAUGGUCUCCGCUGUCCACUCUACAGAGUCUGGCCUGACUUGACCUAACCAGCUACAUUUCUUGCUACUUACCAACAUGAAUACUCUGAUGACUCAGGCUGGUUUCCUAUUUAUCCAGCACAUCUUGCUCAUUCCCUAUUCCGUGCCUUUAUUCGUGCUUUUCCUCAUGCCAUGAAUGCCCUUCUCUUCUCCCUUUCUAUAUCUUACCUGUCAUUCAAAGGCCCGUUUAAGCCUUUACUCAUCCAUGAAGCUUCCCAUAACCUGGAGCAGCAGUUCUCUUUGAUCUACCCUUUCUUUGAACUACUAUGAUACUUGUAGUCCCUUUCACAUAAUUCUACACUUAAUGGUACACUGGCAUACUCACAAGCACAUACGUACUUGUCUUCUUUCCCCUGGAUUGUGAGCACUAGUGUGAGCAGGCUUGUCUUACAUUGCUUUUCUAUCCGCCUCACAGUGCCUAGCAUGCAUGAUAAGUGUGUGAUUGAUUCCCACAGCCAUGGCCAUAUAGGAUCAUUGAUUUAGAACCAGAGAGAACCUUUAUUGGCCGUCCAGUUUGUAUCUGCAGCCUCAGUCCUUGGCACAAUGCCUGGGACAUAGGUAGAACUUAAUAUGUGCUUUAUUGAAUCAUUGAUUUUUAUCCUCAUAAUAAUCUUCACGUGUAUUGUCUCUACAGAGGAAACUGAGGUAAGGAGAGAUGCAAUAAUUUGGCAAUGGUCACACAAAUAGUCAGGGUCAGAGGCAGAAUUCAAAACCAAGUAUCUCCUGACUCCAAGUCCUAUGAUCCUUCCAUUACCCUACAUUGCCUCUUUAUUCCCAGAGGUAGGGUGUAGUUCUUUUAUCUCUUAAGAGGAUGCAUGUGCAGAGAAGUACCUGAGAAUGUUUUUGAUGGAUGUGUAGCUCCCAGACAGGCAUUGAAUAGAUUAUAAAAGUACUGGACCCAAAAGGCCUCUAGAAGGGUACAGAGUAAGCAGAGAGAUGGGCAGAAUUGGGAGGUCAGAAAAAAAGAAAGAAGCAAUCUUAGCAAAAUAUCACCAAAGUACCCUUAUCUUUUUUUUUUUCUUUUGUGGGGCAGUGAAGGUUAAGUGACUUGCCCAGGGCCACACAGCUAGUAAGUGUCAAGUGUCUGAGGCCAGAUUUGAAUUUGGGUCCUCCCGAAUCCAGGGCUGGUGUUUUAUCCCCUGCGCCACCUAGCUGCCCCCCCCCUUAAGUUAAAUGGACCUUGUAACUACUAAGAAUUGCCUAAUGAAUGUUGUCGGACAAAUGUUUUCCUUCCCUUAUGCUUUGGUAGGACUGAGCAAAAAGAGCCAGUUUUGCAGUAGUUCAGUGCCUUGCCCCAUUUCUAAAAUGUAUUGCCCUGCCCCCCUCUUUAAUGUGACAAAGGAGAGAUAUUUCCAAUCUCCCAAGGCCAGGGGAAGAAUAUGCAUAUAGCAUUAAAACAGAAAACUUGUGGAUUCUCUUCAGUCAUUUAACCAUGCACAUAUGAAAAAGCAAAUUAUUUGACCUGAUCCCUAAAUCUCUUUUCCUUUCCUUUAUAACCAAGUAAUUUUUUCACUCUAAUAAAAUUCAGCAUUUGAACAAAAAUCAUGUGACACAUAUGACGGUUUGGAGCAAGAAUGUAGAAGAGGAGUGUUAGUCACUGAGCAUCAAACCCUAAUUAUAAGCUAAGCUGUUCAAGUGAAAAUAAAAACAAUAUUUCUGGCACAAAAAGUGGAAGAAAUGGAGGCAUUUUAUGAAAUAAUUGUACCUCAGAGCUUAGAAUUAUCUCUUGCCUUCCUUUUGAUGAGAUAGAAUAGUGUAUUGGAAAGAACUCUGGAGUCAGAGGCCACCUGGGUUCAGAUCCAACUUCUGGUGCUGAUUUCUUGUGUGACCUUGAGCAAGUGACCUCACCUCCUAGUGUCUCAGUUUCAUCAGCUGGAAAGGGAAGGGGUUGGAUUAAAUAGUCUUUGAAGACCGCACAACUCUAAAUCCAUGAUCCUAUGGGGAGCUAUUAUUACUUCAGAUUUGAUGAUUUGGGAGGACAGAGAAUGAUCUCUUCAUUUGAAUUCUUAUGGAGUUUACACAUGCUAACUUAAAAGAAAAAUGCUAUUUUUUUUUCAAAGUCAUUGAUUGGGGCAGCUAGGUGGCAUAGUGGAUGGAGCACCGGCCCUGGAGUCAGGAGUACCUGAGUUCAAAUCCGGACUCAGACACUUAACACAUACUAGCUGUGUGACCCUGGGCAAGUCACUUAACCCCAAUUGCCUCACAAAAAAUAAAUAAAAAAAAAAAAAGUCAUUGAUUGAUCCAGCACCCAGCUAGGGCCCUUAAUCAAUGCUUAUUAAAUUGAAUGCCACCCUGACCCAGGAUGAAGCCCCAGGACGGAUGUGUUCCUCACCAUCCUCCUAUCUGGAAUGAAUCUGGUGUGGAGAGCAAACAGCCAUGAAUGGGGAAAGAGGCAUAGAUUGACAGUGUUCACUCUAAACCUUUUGGUUCGUGACUAAAACAAACAAACAAAAUACAAGGUUUUUUUGAACAGGAGUGGGGGUGGGGGGAGAAUGGGAACUCUUCAAAGAAAAAGGAAGAAAAACAGGACUUUUAUGGAAAUACCAUAUUCUGAACUGGCAGCGAUUCAGGAGGGACUAAAAAAAGUGUCCAAAACGUUUCCUUAUUCAGCUCCAGUCUGGCAGCUAAAUCUUAGAAGCUCAAUUUUCAAGCUGUUUCUGACCCUUAAACCCUACUACAUGUCUAAAAGGAUCUCCAAUUCCACUGGUUCUCCUAGCUAGCAUGAAUGAGCCCAGUGGUAAAAGUAGCAGAAUAGCUUGCUUAUGCCCCUAAAGAGAAAACAUAAAAUAGCUUUUUAUCAAAAUCAUAUACAAAGUCCUGGGGAAACCAAAAGACCAAAUUAUGAGCAAAUUGCUACUAAAAUGAUAAAAAGAUAAAGGAAAAGGAAAAAGACAAAAAUGAGAAUGGCCAGAGAAAUAAUUCACUUCAGUUUCACAUUAGGCUAGGGAAUAAAAUUCGGCAAUAUUUCAAAACUGGCUCCUCUGAACCAAAUAUGUUCUCAUGACAUAAAAUGCUUGCUCCAGUGCCUCCCAGCACUGCCCUGUUCAUAUGAAAUGUCACCUUAUUCCCUGUCUCUCUAAAGACUGUGUUUCUCUUAUUGUUCUGUAAAUAUUUGCGGUGUUCCAAUAGCAGCUUGAAAAAACCCAUCCAGGUGGCUCAAGUACUCUGCACAGCUCAAGGUCACACUCAAGGUAACACUUCAUGUUAAAAAGACUGCUACAGGGGCAGCUAGAUGGCGGAGUGGAUAGAGCACCAGCCCUGGAGUCAGGAGUACCUGAGUUCAAAUCCGGCCUCAGACACUUAACACUUACUAGCUGUGUGACCCUGGGCAAGUCAC